AUGGGGAAGAUCGUCUUCUAUGAGGAAAGGAACUUCUGUGGGCGACAGUUUGAGUGCAACCAGGACUAUGCCGACCUGAGGUGCGUUCUCAAACAAUGCAGCUCCAUCCGAGUGGAGAGCGGCUGCUUCAUGAUCUACGACCAGCCCAACUUCAGCGGGAACCAGUACUGCCUGAAGAAAGGAGAGUAUCCCGACUGCCAACACUGGAUGGGCACCGACUCUGUCUUCUCUUGUCGACUCAUCUCAAUGGAUGCCGGGGCGUUCAGCAUGCGCCUGUACCAGAGGAUCGAGUUCGGAGGUCAGAUGAUGGACCUGGCGGACGACUGUCCCAGCGUCCAUGAACGCUUUCACUUGAACGACAUCUUCUCCUGCAACGUGACCAAUGGAAACUGGCUGUUCUACGAGCACCCAGAGUUCCAGGGCAGGAUGUACCUGAUAAGACGCGGAGAGUACAUGAGGUUCAGCGAGUGGGGAGGCAGGAGCGCCCGAGUCGGCUCCAUCAGACGCAUCCUGGACUAUUGA